AUGGUGAGAGCUGUGACGAGAUUGUGCGCUUACACGAGCAGAUUGGUAGCCAUUUUCUUCUAUACAUGGCUACCGCAAGCUCUGAGGAUCACUAUACUGGCAUUUUUCGUGGCUCUGAACCGGUGCGGGCGAGCCUACGCGAGGUAUCAGUACAGGGCGAUGGUGAGGAGGGAGGGGAGGACGUUUGUUUACAGACGGAAGAGUUUGUUUUCGAGGCCGGAGGCGGCGCCGGAGUGUGCGAUAUGUUUGUCGGAGUUUGUGGAGGGGGAGGUGGGGAGGGAGCUGGAGAGGUGCCGCCACGUGUUCCAUGCGGGCUGUGUGGAGAAAUGGCUGUUGCAUGGGGAAGGGCACGGGAGCUGUCCGCUUUGCCGGAGCCCCGUGGUGGUGCCGGGGGCGGACGUCGGAGAGUCGUGGAAAGACGAGAGGGGAGAAGGCUGUGCUUCGAGGAAGACUUGGCUCGUCUAUUACUCGCUGGGCUGCCCAAGAUCUGCACCACUUGUUAGAACACUUUCUUCUUCAAAUAUACACAUUCUUACAAGAUAUAGUGACUAG